AUGGGCUGUUCUACAAGCAGAGAAGAUUUAAGUGAGGAAGAAAUAGCUAUCAUUUCAGUUGAAAGAUACUUACUCCCCUAUGAGCGAACAAAACCAUUAGAAAAAUCCCUAUUUUUUGCCCAAAAACCACCCUCCGUGAGCGAGCAAAAAUUUUUAUAUAUAAGUGAUAAUUAUUAUAAUGAAAUCUCUAGCUAAUUCUGUUAAUUUUAAACAAAUUUCGUUUUAAAACAUAAAUUUUACAAAUUAAAUUUAAUAUUUCUUUCCAAUUUUUGCGAAUUAGGGUUUUUUAAAUUUUGAAUAAAACAUUUUUUCUAUAAAAUUUAUAUAUAUAAAUUUUUUUAAAAAAACAAAAUUAAACCCCCUCCGUGAGCGAACAAAUUGUUUUUGUUCGCUAAGGAGAGCGAGUUAGGAUAUAGCAAUUGCACUUGCAAGCUAAUUGAUUUAAUGUUCAGAAAAUAUGCUUCAAACGGAACCAUUAACAGCCGACAAAUGCAAGAAAUCAUGGUCCACUUGAGGCUAAAAGCAAGAAACACCCAUGAAUGUCCACAUAUUGAAGAUUUCUAUGAGAAAUUCAAGCUAGAUGACGGUAAUUAUGAUUUCAAAGCAUUAUUAAUGCUUGGGAUUUGUUUAAGUGAUGGCAAACCGAAGGAGAAAGCUAAGCUUUUAUUUGAAAUAUUUGAUUCUUCAAACAGAAAAACUAUAACCAGAGAAAGCGUUGAAAUAAUGAUAAAGAUUUUGCUUAUGAACGCUAUUGAUUUUAUACCCAUUUUAUGUCACGAAUCAAAUUUAGUUCCUAUGUAUGAAAAAGAGAUUACCAGCUAUACAGAAAAAAUCAGAGUAAGUAAAGAAAAAGCUUUAGGAUCAGUUUUACGGAAAUUUUUAGGCAAAGACCCAGAGAGUUGUGAAGAAAUUGAAUUAGAUGAGUUUUUAGCGUGCUUUAAUCAUAGUGAUGCUCAAGAUUUGCUUGAUCCACAAGGAUUGAGAACAUAUGUGUUGAGAAAAGGAAAACGAUUAGUUAGAAAACCUUUAGAAAAUGAAGGGAAAGACUAUUAA